GCCGAAGGGAGAACGAAUGGAAGAGGAGGUAGUUAUGCAACGAGAAGCGAGAUCACCACCCCCAGAUCCGGGUGGCAAUCGAGAUGAAGAACAGCAUGUCAAGGAGUUGAUAAGACUAUGUUACGAAGAAGGGGUCAUUCCCCCGGAUAUUGACCCAGGGGAAAUGACGAUCCAGGGUAGGGAGGCAAGGUUUAAAGUGAACGUGGUCAUUGACCAAGCAAAAGUGGCUUGGCUCAAAGAACACACGGUCACGAUUAUUUUCGGGGAGGGCGCGCGUUUUUUACUGAAGAAAGUGAAAGACGACAUCGUCAGAGCAUACGAAGACAGCAAGAYUCAGGAAGGCAGCUUUGAAAGAGAGGGAUUCAGAAGAGGAAGGGUUAAGAUGGAGAGUCCGAAUGUUGUCUCCUACGUUGCAAAAAGUAAUAUCAUCGCAACGUGGCUGGUGAUGAAGGAGCGAGAUGAAUUGAUAUUGGGAUCAACGACAUACAAGCUGGAAUUGAAACCUUGGAUGACCAAGGCACAACUGAAGGAGCAGAGAAGAGAAGAAGAUCAACUCACCUUUUGGGUGAUUGCAGUGCAAGUUCCACUGGAUGCGAUGCUUUUUCUGGAUGCUCAUAUCCAAAAGGCGAUUGGCCCGAUUGUUCGGCGUCAUCCCAUGGAACCGGACAGACUUAAACCGUCAUUGGUCAACAUCAAAUUUGGCGUUGACCCAGCGGCACGGGCUAACAUGAAGGAUGUGAUAAGGUUGGAGACAUUCGAAGGCGAUCAACUGGAGGUGAAAUUGGCAUCGUCGGACACUCCAAGAUGUAGAAGAUGCGGAGUUUUUUUCCAUACGGAGGACACAUGUCGAAGAAACCAGCGGUCGGGGCAGCAGCAACAGGAUCCAACAGCCGGCCAACAAGCAUCGUCAAGACCUCCAUAUCAGGGACAUAUGACUUCCCCGGGAAUUUCCUCUCCAUCAGGUGGACCAAGACAGGAGCCUCAGCCACUCCCGCAGGGGUUUCAACCGUAAUCCAGCUCCAUGAAUCCCACAUUUUCUCCACGUCCAAGCAAUCUUGCCGGUGUUCAACAGCAACAAGUCAGCGCUCUUCAGGUUCAACUACAGCCAGGAUUCAACGGUUUCAUGCCUUGGGGGCACCCCCCCUUGGACAAUGGAAUGCGCAAGUACCACAGCAGGUAGGCGGACAAAAUAUUCUCUACCCCAUCUCACAUGGGAUGGGAGGAACAGUAUCAGAGGUACCUUGGAGACCAGCGGCUCCAUACCAACAG